UGGGCUUGAAUCUGACCAUUGGUGCUCAGGCAAAAUCGGCGCUGCUUCAUCAUGCCGGCAAAAUGUUUUGUGUUCUUAGUGAACGUUUUUUUAUUUUUCUCUCCUUUGUGUUCGUCUUGCCCCAGCCGAUGUCUUUGCUUUCGGACGACUGUGCGGUGCAUGCAUUUAAUGUUGGAAAAUGUCCCCGAAGUUUCUGCACAGACAACUAUUUUGGACCUGCGAUUCAAUCGCAUUAAGGAAAUCCGUCCAGCAGCCUUUAAGAGACUGAGGAAUCUGAACACAUUGUUGCUCAACAAUAACCAAAUUAAAGGGAUUCCACGGAGGGCGUUCGAGGAAUUGGAAAACCUGAAGUAUCUCUACCUUUACAAAAAUGAAAUCCAGACAAUUCAAAAGCAGGCUUUUAAGGGGUUGGUUUCCCUGGAACAGCUAUACCUUCACUUCAAUAAUAUAGAAGUGUUAGAAUCUGAAACGUUUAGUGAUCUUCCAAAACUUGAAAGAUUAUUCUUGCAUAACAAUAGAUUAUCAAGAAUACAUCCAGGGACCUUCUACCAGCUUGAAUCAUUGAAAAGACUUCGCUUAGAUUCCAAUUCAUUGAUCUGUGAUUGUGAGUUGAUGUGGCUAGCCGAGCUGCUAAAGAAAUACGCUGAACAUGGUAAUGCCCAGACAGCUGCCACCUGUGAGCAUCCCAGUCGGCUUCAGGGACGUUCUAUAACAACUGUAACAGCGGAAGAGUUUAAUUGUGAAAGGCCUCGUAUUACUUCUGAGCCACAGGAUGUAGACGUUACACUGGGAAAUACAGUUUACUUCACCUGCCGGGCAGAGGGCAAUCCGAAGCCCAACAUCAUCUGGUUGCACAAUAAUAAUGAGAUCGAUAUGAAAGAUGAUCAUCGUGUGAACCUAUUAGAAGAUGGCACGCUGAUGAUUCAGGACAUAAAAGAGUCAGACCAGGGUGCCUAUCAGUGCAUGGCCAAAAAUGUCGCUGGAGAGGUGAAGACAAAUGAAGUGAUCCUCCGGUAUUUUGGCACGCCAUCAAAGCCUACUUUUGUGAUUCAGCCUCAAAACACCGAGGUAUUGGUCGGGGAAAGCGUUACACUUGAAUGUAGUGUCUCGGGCCAUCCUCAACCUCGCAUCAUCUGGACCAAGGGUAAUAACACCCCAAUUCCUAACGACCUAAGAUACACCAUCACUUCCUCUGGUGGACUUUUCAUGCAGAACGUCACAUUUGAAGAUCAAGGGCAGUACAACUGUAAUGCAAGCAACACUGAAGGUUCCAUCCAGGCUGUGGCCCACAUCAUCGUCCAAGAUGGUCCUAAAUUUUUAUUGGUUCCCAAAGACCAGGUGGUAGUGGAAGGAACUACAGUGGAUUUCUUCUGUCUUGCAGAGGGGACCCCAGCUCCAGUGAUCGCCUGGACUAAAGCAGGUGGUCAGUUGCCCAAUGACCGAAGACACACAGUUUUGUCUACUGGAACACUGCGUAUUGUGGGUGUAGCUGCCCAUGAUCAAGGCCAAUAUGAGUGUCAUGCCAUUAGUGUAGUGGGGGCAAGACAUGUACCAGUACAGCUGACUGUUGAGUCAAUAGUGACACCUGUGUUCAUUCACACACCACAUGAUACCACGGCUGAAACUGGACAGGAUGUGGAAAUCCAGUGCUCUGCACAGGGGGAGCCUCACCCGAUCAUUACAUGGACCAAGGAUGGUGUACAGAUCACAGACAGUGGAAAGUUUUUCGUCACUACGGAGGGUGCAUUAACUAUUCGAGAUGUCGGAGAAGCUGAACAGGGCCGCUAUGAGUGCAUUGCCCGAAAUGCGUUUGGUUUCAUCUCCAGUAAUAUGCUGUUGACCGUCACUGCGCUGGAAGGUGGGCGAACUGGUGACACCUUUGUUGAAGAGUCUCUCCAGGAAGCUAUUAAUAGCAUUGACAGUGCAAUUAAUUCAACACGAAGGGAUUUGUUUGACAAGCGCCCACGCACCCCAAAUGACCUGCUGGCCUUAUUCCGUUACCCGCGUGACCCCUAUACUGUGGAGGCAGCGAGAGCGGGUGAAAUCUUUGAGAGAACUCUGCAGUUGAUUCAGGAGCAUGUUCAACAAGGACUAACAGUGAACCUUAACAAUAUAAGUUACCGUUAUAAUGAUCUGGUCUCUCCACGAUACCUGAACAUGAUUGCCAAUAUCUCAGGCUGUAUAACUCACAGACGUUCCCCUGACUGCAUGAAUAUUUGCUUUCACCAAAAGUACAGAACACAUGAUGGCACCUGCAAUAACCUGCAGCACCCGAUGUGGGGAGCAUCACUUACUGCUUUUGAAAGACUUCUCAAGCCUGUAUAUGAAAAUGGGUUUAACCUUCCCAGAGGCUCCAGUGUGAACCCAGAGGAGAGCAGGCACCCUCUUCCACUACCUCGCCUCGUUUCCACCACAAUGAUUGGCACCGAAGCAAUCUCUCCUGAUGACCAAUAUACGCACUUGUUAAUGCAGUGGGGCCAGUUUCUAGACCAUGACCUGGACCUGACGGUGGCAGCGCUCAGUAUGUCUCGGUUUUCUGACGGGGAACCAUGCAACAAAUUCUGCACCAAUGAUCCUCCAUGCUUUCCGGUGUUAAUCCCAGAUGAUGAUCCUCGUGUGAAGAAUGGCCGGUGCAUGUUCUUCGUGCGAUCUAGUCCUGUGUGUGGCAGUGGGAUGACUUCCCUGCUGAUGAACUCAGUUUACCCAAGGGAGCAGAUCAAUCACUUGACAUCCUAUAUUGAUGCUUCAAAUGUUUAUGGAAGUACAGAACACGAGUCACAAGAGUUAAGGGAUCUAACCAGUCAGCGUGGUUUGUUAAAGUCUGGUCAGGUUGUCCCAAAAUCUGGCAAGCAUUUGUUGCCUUUUGCCACAGGCCCACCAACAGAGUGUAUGCGGGAUAUGAAUGAGAGCCCUAUUCCAUGCUUCCUUGCUGGGGAUCAUAGAUCCAAUGAGCAUAUUGCUUUGACAGCAGUGCACACCCUGUGGUUCCGUGAACACAACCGCAUUGCAGAAGAGCUUGGGAAACUCAAUCCACACUGGGAUGGUGAUACCGUUUAUCAUGAAGCACGCAAAAUAGUUGCUGCACAAAUGCAGCAUAUCACAUAUGAACACUGGCUAACCAAAAUUUUAGGAGACGUUGGAAUGAAAAUGAUAGGGGACUACAAGGGCUACAAUCCAAAUAUCAAUGCUGGAAUUGUCAAUGCUUUUGCAACAGCAGCUUUUCGCUUUGGUCACACUCUUGUCAAUCCCAUUCUCUAUCGCUUAAAUGAAUCCUUCCAGCCAAUUCCUGAAGGACACCUUCCACUGCACAAAGCUUUCUUCUCGCCAUUCAGACUCAUCCAAGAGGGUGGUGUAGAUCCACUUCUUCGUGGACUGUUUGCUGUCGCUGGGAAAAUGAGGGUUCCAACGGAACUUUUGAAUUUGGAGCUCACAGAGAAGUUAUUUUCCAUGGUGCAUGCUGUCUCCCUGGACUUGGCAGCCAUGAAUAUCCAACGUGGGCGUGAUCAUGGAAUACCUCCCUAUAACGACUACAGAGUUUUCUGUAACCUCACGUCGGCACACGAUUUUGAGGAUUUAAAAAAUGAGAUCAAGAACCCAGAGAUUCGAAGAAAGCUAGAAAGGCUGUAUGGUACCCCACGGAACAUAGACCUAUGGCCUGCUCUGAUGGUGGAAGAUCUGAUACCUGGGACGAGGGUGGGACCAACGCUUCUCUGCCUGCUUAGUACUCAAUUUCGUAGACUAAGAGAGGGAGAUAGAUUCUGGUAUGAAAAUCCAGGAGUCUUCAGCCCAGCCCAGUUGACUCAGAUAAAGCAAGCUUCGCUUGCGCGAGUCAUUUGUGACAACGGCGACAACAUCCAGCAAGUUCAACCUGAUGUCUUCAGAGUGGCAAAUUAUCCUCAGGGCUUUGUCAACUGCAGGGAAAUUCCUCAAAUCGACCUGCGGAUGUGGCAGGACUGCUGUGAAGACUGUGCAAAUCGUGGACAGUUCAAUACUCUCUCACAAAGAUUCCAGAGCAAGCGUUCAGAAGAAUAUAGUUUCCCAGAAUCCAAAGAUGCACAGCCAAAAUGGAUGACAAAACAAAGUAAGAGAGAUGUGGAAGCUCAGGAAAAGAUUUCCAACUCCUCUUCUACACAGGCUGAUAACUGUGCACCUGAACUGGAAAAACUAAGGAGAAAGAUCGAGAUUCUUGAAGCUCACUUGAAAUUAACAGGCUGCAUUGACAAGGAUGGAAAUGUAAGACGUGAAGGUGAAUAUUGGGAGAAAGACUCAUGCACUUUGUGCCACUGUAAGGAUACAGAGACCAAAUGUGUAAUGAGAACUUGUCCUCAGAACUGCAGAAAUCCGUUGAAGAAACAAGACAAAUGCUGCCCUGACUGCGAAGAGGAGUAGAACCAACUACGAACAAUCCAAAAAAGUACAAUCAGCAGAUUAUAUCAUCUCUGUUGACAUUCAGGCACUGAAUACAUCCAUGACUAUUUGAGUUGUUCUGUACAAUCGUUACAGAUUCAUCUCUCUUUCUCUCCGCAUCACCCAAAUACCAGAAUCCUGAUCAACACAACACUCAAUCAUCAUGGACUUAACCAGAAGUGAUUCAAGUGUGUAAAAUGUUAUCAUAUAUUUGCUGGUUACAAUAUGCACUGUUAUAAAGAAAUGUGUUCCUUUUUACAGUGAAUGUCAUGUCAGGAUCUCUGUAAACAUAAAACCUAUUUUCUUCUAUACAAGGAUCAGUUACCUCAAAACAGAUGGUUUCUCAAGAUCAUGGUGCUAAAUAUUUAGUGUUUAAUCAGUAAAACUAUUGGUAUUAUGUCUUGAAUUUUAUACUUUGUACCGUUUAAAAAAUUUGUUGGACUUGUCACUUUAUAUAUACACUGUUAUAUUUUGUUCAGCCCUCAUUUUUCAGUAAAUUAUGUCACAGAAGAUUGGACUUGUUACGUCAGGGUUAAAUUGAAACUGCUGUUUUUAUUUGCCAGUAAUAUUUUCGAAGGACAUGAACCCAUUUCUUAGAAUAGACUGGGUGUAUUCAACCUGCUUAUCCCUAAGUAUAUUGCAAAGACUGACCUGCACAGUAAUGUGCAUUGAUCGGUCUGGAUGUUUUAAAUUGCAGUUAUUAUAGAUUAGUGAUGAAGGGAUGUAAAAACAGAAAAUGCUGGAAAUACUUCUAAGUACACCAGAUAGAUUGCUACCUACCAAUAUAGAGCCAACAUUCAGACCAUCCAAGAUAUCAUUUGUUAUAAUAACAUCAUUUGAUAUUUUGAGAAUAAUAAAGUGAUUUGACAUUUGUAACAAUAUAGUAAGUAAAACUACAAGAAUAAACAAUUAAAUUAAAACACAAAACUCCUGAUGCACAAAUUGCAUCCUUAACUAUGACUGAAAGCACAAACUAGAAAUAUAAAAUGGUCCAUAAAUAAUAUUAAAAUGUUAAUCACUCUUAAAAGAGCAGCAUGAAAUAAUGGUGUUGUACUUUGGGUGCCUAGAAAAUCCAAUAUCUUUGAGUUUUCUGAAAAUUAUGUACUGUAACUCUGGCACCAAUUAUAAAACCCAGGAAUAUGACUGUGGCGGCUUUGAGAUUGUCCUUUACGGUGGACUCCAGGUACUUUUCUGUACUUGUCAGAUUUUGUGAUAAAAGUGGCACCCAGAAUUCCAGAGUUGUUUUCAAAGGGAAUGCAAGCAUCAACCACUGAAGCUCUUCUUUCUUUAAUGAAGACAGUAUCCUGCAUCCAAGCAUGUUCUUCUCGACAUAAAACCUUUGUUCUUUAAAAACAGCAAAACUAGCCGUAUCACACCUAGAACAUAAUAUAUCCAAAACCCUUUUAUGUCUGUAGAUCUGUGGCUAUUUUACUGCAAGCACCUUCUCAGAAUUUCUCUAGCUCACCCACAUCUUCUACAAGACCUACUGUAUCCAUAUUGGGUCUGAUCAAGGUCAGUGUAUUCCUAGACAGGUAUGGGUUUAACUGCAGGAACAAGGCCACAUUGUACUCAGUUUCUUUAAGGGAUGUAAAACCCCAUAACCAGCUAUUGGAUUGGGGAUCAUUCUUGUAAUAAUGAACUCCAAUUCCCUUGAUGAUCCAACCAACUCCAGCAGUCAAACUUGUUCUCCCUCCAGUUGUUUCUUCCUACACAGACCUCAACCUUGCUGGCUUUGUCCCUAACAAUAUUCUCUAUAUAACAAGUGACAUUUGUCAAACUCACUAAAACCAUAAGCUUCAUUAAGGGAUAUUUACAUCUCCCUAUGUGCAUGAACAAUGGGCCUUUUAAUUUCCAAACUUUCUACAUUUCACUAAAAUGUUAUCAAUGUUGAUACACAUCAACUGGACAGUCAGAUCCACCAUUUUGUCAGCUAAGUUCUUAAAAUUAGUAUACUUCCUAAUUAUAGGCGGGGGAUCUGAGGUUCCUGUUUGGGGAUUGAUAGACCACCAUUCUAGAUCCUUAAGUUAAAAGGUCCAUGCUCAUGCACACAGGGAGAUGUGAAUACUCCUUAGUGAAUCCUUGUGCAGUUUUGAUGAGUUUGACCAAAACAUUUUGAGAGGCCUCAUUUAAAGUCAAGGAAUAGUAAAACGAAGGAUGACGUGGAUUUGAAAAAUCUCAACUUUUUGGGUUGGAUUUUGUCUAACUCUAGGGAGAAACUUACCCCAUUCUUGAUUGAUUGAACAGCUAAUCCAGAGAUCAAAUCCUGCAUCAAAAUAUUUCUCACAAUCAUCAGGAUGAAUAAAACUAAAACUAUUGUAGAACGAAUUAUUGGAGUUAAAAAUUAAGCUUCAUUUAAAAAAAAGUCGAGCAGUCUUAUGAGAGUCACUUCAAAGCCUAUUUUCCUACAAAAGCAUUCCAGGACCUAGAGGUGUUCAAACAUAGUACUGUGAGAAAUGCUCACAAAAGUCACAUCAUCAGCAAAAGCCCAGAUGGUGCAGAAAGUCUUUUCUGUUCUAAAGUGGAAUCUCUAUCUAUCCCUGUCUAAUAAACAAAACAGGAUGUCCAUCACAUUGUUGGAUAAUAUGCGGAAAUUGGGGAAGACAAUUAACAUUUAAAGUUAAAGUCCCUUUGUCAGAAUUUGAAUCUGAUGUGGCCUGACCUGCUGAGUAUUUCCAGCAUUGUUUGUUUUUCAAGAUUUCCAGCUCUUGCAGUUUUGUUUGAUUUUCACUUGGAGAUUUCUGGGAAAAAUGUGUGCUGCAGGUCAUAAUUUUUCCUUGAUAUGGGGAAAUCGGGAAAAUCAAUGGUGUUUUUUCUGAAUUGUGCUUGCGGUGGGUAAGGCACAUAGCAAUGAUCAUACAGUGGCAAAUGUAUCCUUUGGUGACAUAAAGUAUCAGCACGCAGGCCUAGCGGGCGGUGUCUGAGUACUGCCAGUAGGAUUAUGUGCCAGCCACUAAUAAACAUUAGAAAAUUACAGCAUUUGAUUUCAGAAAUUGGAACAUCACAACAAUGAAUCUGGUUGCCUCUUUACCAUGAUGUACUUGGUAAUUUACCCCUAAGGCUUGUAUCUGUUUCCACUGCCUAUCGAGUUCUAAUUUCCUGUAUCUAUGAAAGCGAAUCUUGCUACAUGACACUGCAUGUACUCAGCCAGUCUGGACUAAGCUUCAAUUAAAAGCUCAUGUACUUUUGCUCUUUCUGUGCAAUAUCUGAUUCUCUAACUAUUACAUUCUCGAUUAGGAAAAUAUCCGAAUUGCAAACUUAAACUUUUACUUGGAGAUCCAAUGGUUUUAUUUAUUUAUGACUUUCUUAUACAUUAUUUUAAGUUUUCCUCAACUCUUUGGAAACUUUCCGCUUGGUAAAGUGAGGCAUUUGAGCCAUGUACAGUGAAUUCUGGUUAAUCGGGCCAUCAGUUAACCAGGGCAGCUGUUUAUUUGGGACAACCUUUAAAGAACAAAAACAAAUUGAGAGAAUAGCUAGGAUUCCUUUUGUUUUUUUGAGGCACAAUGCUGCUUAAUUGGGGUUUCAAACGAGCAUCAGUCACGUGGACUUGCAUGGCCAUUAGAUACUACACUAUGCUUAGAGUAAUCACAUCAGCUGCGCAUGUUUGUGUUCAAAAAGCAGUGCUCUCGCCACUGAUAAUUGGCAAGAAAUAAUCAGUAAGACAUUUCAGAACCGUUUUGCUCACUAUGAUUGCAAGCAUUCGGGCUUGGAGAUGUCAGAAGCAGCCAGGAGUGAAAUGAAGCAACUCUAACUACAGUACUUCAACGAGUUAGGAGUUACAAUGAAUUUGAAGGUAUCUUGAAUAUUACACUGAAAAUGAAGACUUGGAGAAAGCAAUCGUCAGAAGCAUUGUUUGAAGGCAGUUCAAUAUCUGCACCGUGUUUGUGCUGAUUUUGUUCAUUUACAGUCAAUUAUAAGAACACGACAGAUGACUUCCUCUGUUGAUAACUAUUAGGAACUAAUAUACAAUUUUAUUGUACUGUAGAGAUAUUGGUAGUGUUUAAAUUUGUUCUGUGUUUCAUUUAAAUAAAUAAAUAGU